UCUGAUGUUUGACUCUAACCUUCUCUAACCUAAUAGGGGCUGGUCUGGUAGAGAGGUGUGAUUAACACGUGGAUAGAUUGUGAACAUGUGCGACAAUGAAAUUGAUUUACACGACAGCGAUCAGGAUGUUUCUGAACAUCACUCGAAACUUGUCGGAGCCGUGGAACAGCUCGAUAAAGGACGAAGAGUGAAGAAGGCUGAAAGAAGCGAACCCAGUAUACAAGUAUCUGAAUAUCAUUUAGUAAAAAGUGGAGUAACAGAUAAGGAUUCCGUACGUAUACAAGAUUUGGUGAAGUCACUGGGACGAAGAAAAGAUCAAAACAAUAUUAGUAAGAAGCUACGAUACAUUCAGAAGAAGAGCAGAGUUCUUCCUAAACCAUUGGAGAAACCAGCUGCUGAAAGAAUAAAAAGGGCAGUUGGAUAUGAUAAUGUCAAAAAGGAUUUGACCAAAUGGAAUGGUAUAAUUGCUAGAAACAGAAUAGCGGAUCAGCUGUCUUUUCCAUUAAAACGUACAGCAGAAGUGAAAAAUUUCAAUGCUUCAAAAACUCCUGACUUUUUGAAAGGAUUCAAAACAAAAUCUGAUCUAAUGAAAAAAUUUGAGGAAGUGGAUCCAUCGUUACUAUAUCCUCCCGCCGAGGAAGAAGAGAAGGAUAAUAAAUGUAAAAUGGCAAAGAAGGAAAUGAUUUUAAAGAGGAAAAAAAUUGCUAGACUCAGAGCACAACAGUCAUACCAAGAGGCGAAGACACAUCGUCAACGUAAGAUAAAGAGCAAGAAGUUUCAUCGCAUUCAAAAGAAAGACAAGAUUAAACAGCAGUUGAAGGAAUUCGAGAUAUUGCAAAAUACUAAUCCAGAAGAGGCUUUGGCAAAGUUAGAACAGUUAGAUAAAACUCGUGCAGAAGAGAGAAUAUCAUUAAGACACAAGAACACAGGUCAAUGGGCUAAGAAUCAACAAAUCAGAGCCAAAUACAACAAAGAAACUCGACAGAUACUUGCUAAUCAUUUGGCUAUUAGCAGAGAACUGACACAAAAAUUAAAGAGAAUUGACACUGAUGAUGAGGAUGAGGAUGAGGAACAGAAAGAUGAAGAAGAUAUAUUAUUAAAAAAUGACAAUGAGGACAAUAUGAAGACUGAAUCUGAAUUUGAUGACUUUGUUAUGAAUUAUCAAAGAUACAGGGAUAAGAAACAACAGAAAAAAGAAGAAAAAAAGGAAGAGAAAAAUAUCGAAAAUUCGAAUGAAGUUAUAUCGAAAAAGAAAGAGGUGAUAUUAGGUAGCAAUAAAGUGGUAGCAAAAAAUUCUAAAACAACAAAUGUGAAGAAAAAUAAUGAUACUUUACAAGAAAAUUCAAAUGAUAAAAACAAAAGGGAGAGCGAAAAUCCAUGCUACAUUGCAGGUGCUACAUCUGAAUGGCAUGUUGAAGAAUGUAAUGAAAGUAAUAAUGAAAUGGAAAUUAAACUGUGUAAUAAAAAAUACAAAUCGCAAAAUAUAGACGAAAUGUUUGAUGUCAUGGAAGAAAAACUAAAGCAUAAAGUGGACCUGAAGCUGCAAAAAUUGAAGAACAAACUUAAUACAAAGAGCAAUGUGAAAAAGCAUGAGGAAGAAGAAAAGGAGAACGAAGAUGAUUUGUCAAAUCUUGAAUUUGAAAAUUUCAAACAAAAACCUAUCUUCGAUUAUCCUCUGGAGGAAACGACUUCUAGAGAAAACGUGCAGGUAGAUAAAGAUCUAACGAGUUUAAAAACACUAGCGAAGACAGAACAGGAACCGACUAGCAACAGCCAUGAAAUGGAAAUACAUACAAAGAAAUAUUUAAAUAAGGAACCAAAAUAUUUAAAAACACAGAUGCCAGAUAUAGUUACGGGCGAGGAGGAAAACAGUGAACAAGAAGAGGAAAUGCACGAAAUAAUGAGCGAAGCAUUUUCGGACGAUACUUUCGACGAGGAAUUUAGGAAGGAACAGGAAGAGGAGAUGAAAAAGUCGCAGCCACAGAAUAUUGAUCUGAGCUUGCCCGGAUGGGGGAGUUGGACAGGGCCAAACAUUAAAAAAAGUAAAGUGCGUCGUAAGAAGAAACGAUUCAUAUUGAACAUGCCUAAAGAAAUGCCGCGUAGACCCGAAAAUCAGGGCAAAGUAAUUAUAUUUGAGGAUGAUGACAAAAAGUUGAAGAAACACCAAGUCAAGGAGCUACCAUAUCCAUUCACUAAGGUGAAGGAUUACGAAGCAACCCUCAGAGCUCCCAUCAGUCGGACCUUCGUCCCAAUGAACGCUCAUUUACAGAUAACUCAGCCGGCGGUCAUUACCAAACUUGGGCAGAUAAUCGAACCGAUGGAUGAUGAUAUAUUGAUGAAGAAGCCGAUAUUGAAAAAAACACUAAAACGACGUAUGGAUAAAAAAAAUAAUAGAAAAAAUAUCGCGAAGAAUGUUACAAAAAGACGCAAACCAAAUGUAACUGCGCAAGAUUGAUUAUACUAUUGGACAUUUCAUUAUUGUAUAUAAAACUUACAUUUUUCGAAUUAUUGAUUAAUAAAUAAUUAGUUACUUAUAA